UUACAGCACAACACAUGGCCCGACCAUGUUUACGGUGGAGGAUAAAGCUUGCAGCGAGCCUAUAUAAAGUUAACUUUGACAAACUUACAGAAUGAGAUAACCUAAUUUGUAUAUGAAUAGCGUAUGUGCAGUAAUGAGGUGUGUGUGGACCACACAACGCUGAAGAGCCGUCAUAUUCUGUGGGAUACGUAUUGUAACGACGUGUUGAGUAUUAGAGCGGGGGGGUUAAGACGCGAGGUACAAACUACUGAAGAACCCGCGGGCUUAUUAGGAGGACUACAAGUUCAGUAAGCGUGAGCAAACAAGUCCCACAUACAAAACGAUUCACAAAGGAACACAUCGUCGCCAUGGCGAAAGGAUCGUUGACGUUUGAGAGAGGAGAGGGCAGCAGGGACUAUCUGGAUACGUCCUACAAGUCAGGACAAAACUUCAGGUUCUAUCUUCUCGUCGCCAUGUUGGCUUGCUUUGUAUGUCUUGCAGUAGGCUUUGUCAUCGGUUGGUUUGCACAUCCAGCCAAAAGCCAAAACCACACCAGCGACAUUCCUACAACCACAGGCAAAAUCCUCUCCGGUUUAUCUCGAGAUAAAAUUAAAGAAUAUCACAAGUUUCUGACGAAUAAACCUCGGUUAACAGCCACAGAUGGAGAGUUCGAGGCCGUGGACUAUAUUGUCGCUCAAAUGAGUUCACAUGGACUUGACUCAGUGAAGGUGAAGUCCUACGACGUACUGAUGUCAUACCCCAACAGCUCCAACCCAAAUAAGGUUCAAGUGCUCAGUGGAGGAACCGUGCUAUUCCAGUCACAGCCCUAUGAGAAAGGUUUAUCAGGGGAAGAUAACUCUAAAAUUGUUCCGCCGUAUAAUUCGUUCGCACCUGCUGGGCAGGCUCAGGGGAAGAUUAUUUACGUCAAUUAUGGUCGUAUUGAGGAUUUUCUGUUUUUGCGUGACAACUUGUCAGUGGAUUUUACGAAUACGCUUGUCAUCGCCCGGUAUGGAAGAGUAUUCCGUGGAGACAAGUUGAAGAAUGCGUGGAAGUUCAAUGCUUCUGGGUUGAUUUUGUUUACCGACCCAGCUGACUUUAAUGCAGAUAACUCCUCCAAGACAUACCCUGACUCCUGGUGGAUGCCUCCCUCAGGGCUACAGAGAGGCACUGUGGGUGGGGAUGGAGAUUACCUCACACCCUUCUACCCCGCCACAGACUACGCUUAUCGCCUUGACGUCAGUGAGGUUGACCUCCCGAAGAUUCCGUGUCAACCAAUCGGCUACGGUGACGCCUACCACAUUUUGAGUCGUAUGGGUGGUCGCAAAGCACCGACAGCUUGGCAAGGCGGUCUCAACUUCACCUAUCACAUUGGACCAGAUAUGGACGACCCAUUAACAGAGGUGCGAUUGGAGGUAAAUAACUACGUGAAGAUCCGCCCCGUGAAGAAUAUUAUAGCGACAAUUAAGGGCAGUCUGGAACCAGACAGGUAUGUUAUACUGGGUAAUCAUCACGACACCUGGGUCUACGGUGCCAUAGAUCCUCUCUCUGGCUCGGCGGCGGCGCUGGAAAUCAGCCGAGUCUUUGGCAACAUGCUGAAAACCGGAUGGAGACCGCGUCGCACUAUCGUCAUUUGCUCAUGGAGUGGGGAGGAAGAAGGUCUUCUGGGCUCCACGGAAUGGGUGGAGGAUCAUAUGAAGGUACUGUAUGAACGAGCCGUGGCUUACCUGAACGUCGACUACACAGUAGACUUCACCUACGCUCUCGCCAUCGGUACAAGCCCUCUCUUACAAGACUCAAUUUUUGAGGCCACAAAAAAGAUACCUAACCCAACACCAUCGAACAGCGAAAAGACUUUAUAUGACAUCUGGAAAAAACAUUUACCGGCUGAUAAAUCCAACCCUGACACAGAGCCAGAAGUCUACUAUUCACUAGGGUCAGGCAGUGACAUGGCCACCUUUUAUCAAAGAGCAGGUGUUCCAUCCACGGAUAUGUAUUACACUUACGAUCAGAACAGAUGGCCAAUCCUGUCCUACCCACUAUACCACUCAGCCUACGAGACGUACCACAUGUACUCGGCCUAUAUUGACCCAUCCUACAACUACACAUUAGCUAUGGCCCAGCUAUGGGCAAUACUAGCCUGUGAUAUCGCAGAAGCAAAUAUUUUGCCGUUCAACGCAAAACGCUAUUCUACAGCCAUUGAAAAAUUUGUCACCGAGAAAGAAGAGUUAUUUGGACAAAGCUGGAAGUUAAAUAACGUUAACUUGAAGUCAUUAAAAUCAGCGGCGAAAAACUUCUCCCAAGCUACAGCAAAGUUUCACGAAAUGAUCAAAGAUCUUGAUUCACCAAGUGAGCUCAAAGUGCGGCAGAUCAACGACAGAUUGAUGAACCUGGAGAGAGCGUUCAUUGACCCUGAAGGGCUACCAGGUCGACGGAUAUACAAGCAUGUCGUGUUUGCACCCAGCAAAUAUGACUCGUAUUCUGACAAUAGCUUCCCCGGUAUCGUGGACACGAUGGUUGACAUCGAACAGAACAAUUUAGACAAAUGGGAUCUUCUCAAACAGCAGGUGUUUGUAGCGACACAUUCUGUAGCAAUGGCCACCAACACAUUGGACGACGUCGGAUUAUGAAACUGAAACGGGAAACCGAAAGUAACAGCUUUCAGAGGCGUUUAAUAAUUGAGCUCAAUAGAGCAGGGGCACAUGCCAUUUUCCUGUUACUUCACAAUGAACAUUUGUGUAUGUCUUGCCUCACCUGCAUUGAGAUCGUGUAGAGAACAGAAAACGGAAAAUGGACAGUGUGAUCAAGUAAACCCCAGCUGGAACAUGCGCCGCAGGCUUUGGGUCACUUCCGAUUCUGUUAAUUGACUAUUUAUUUACACCAGACUAAUCACUGCUACCACUAGACAAGUUUGACCUUUUGACGCAAGCUGGCUUGUUUGGUAGGCUUAGUCUCACCACUUGUGUCCUCGCGCGGUACUAAUUAAUCAGUAUUCAGCAAUAAAAUUGUUUCAGCUUUUACAUAUAAUCAUGUACAUACUUCAGAUAAAAAGAAUGCAUUUGUAUAAAGUAGAAUUAGAAACAAAGGUUGACGGAUUGUUUGUGAACUCUGACAUUUCUUCCUGCCUGAUCACAGUGACCCAAGUGACCUGGACGUUGUUCAAGAUUUCUCUACAAAAUUUGCUAGUGGUGGCAUUGAUGUAAAGCGAAUGUAGAGAGCGACUCAUGCGCUGUUAGGAGUAUAUACUAAACGGAUAUUCCACUUACAUAAAGUAUGCAAUGUUUUGGAGUACAGUAAAAUGGACAAAGCCUUGAAGAAACUCUACCACCUAACUAGGCACUUGAGAAACUUCCUGGUGGUAAGCUAACACUGGGUGGAGGAAAAUGGACACAGUCGAGAAGGAACCCUAUACUAUCUACCCAGGUAUGCCUGAGAAACAUUCUGGGGUUAAGUCAUCUGGGGCUGGAGAAAAAUGGACAUACACCCGUUUCGAAACAGUAAACUAACUCGUCAGCUCACUGUGUUUGGCUUAACAACAUGAGUGAUCGUGACCUGAGAGGGCUCUUCCGAGAUACGGUCUUGGCAAUCUAUACUAGUAUAUGGUAGAAAUAUGGUGCAGUAUUAUUGUGUGAGAGAAUGAUCGGGAUUCGCGUUCGUUAAACCACGUUGAAUUGUGAGAUGGGAUUGUAAUAUACCAAAGUUGUAUAUAGUUGCCUUUAUCUUUUUAAUACCACCUUUCACAUUUUUCUUCGUGGAAGAUGCAAAAUUUUGAUCUGUAAAUUUAAAAAAGAAGUUUUAGGAUUUUAUAGUUUUUCUAUGUUUUUAAUGUGGGAUAAGGGUUAUUUUUUCACCUGUGUAUAUAUUUUACAGUAUUUUACCGUGUCUUUGACAGUUUUGCACUAUGUUGAAAAUGGUUUUAUGUAUAAUAACUAUAUGCUUUAACGAAGAAGACAAACAUUAGUAAUUUUAUGAUCUUAGUCAGUGUCGAAUUAAUCAUUAUCUAUGCAAUCUCACCCGUACAUUUGUUUUAGAAUAUUAAGCACUUACCCAUGCGAAGCCCUCCAUGUUGUAUAUGCUAUAUGUAAACAAGUGAAGCUUGUGUCAUCUUCCGAUGUAUCAGUGAAGAUUUUUCAUUAAAAUUUACGAUCGGAAGUGGCCGACCUUAAUUGCUUUAUCACGCCUUUACUGCCGUGGGGCACUUUUUACUAGUAUCCUACCUUAACGUUUUUUAAUCCUGGUUUUUAAUCGGUUCGAGUAAUGUAAGAAACAUCAAAAACUAAUACUUCAUACACUCAGAAAAUGAAUAUGUUAAUUUUAACAGUUCAUUUAUUUACGCACUCCAACCACACAGGGUGGUAUGGGAGGUACAAUAUCAUGUAUAUUUACACAACGGAAAGUCAGUUGUCUGAGUGAUGCUAGAAUGUAUUUUUAUAACCUAAUGUUCUGUCAUAUUCAACAUAAUAUCGUAUUAGUCUGAUAAAAUCUUUGUGUUGAAUUAAUAGAAUAUGUGUGUUAUACUUAGCAGAACAAUGUGCUGCAGUAGAAGAAUACAUUUUAGUAUCAAUCAGACGCCACAGUUUCUGUUGAAAGUAAGAUUCAUUUUUUUAGUGAUAAAUAAUGUUCCCAAACUGGAGUCCAGAGAAUCAGUCAAGCAUGAAAACCAGUAUAGCGGAGAGAUCUGAAUAUCAAAAUUUAAACGUAGGGAAAUAUUUUUGGUGUAAAUCAAAGUUAUAAACAUCUUGCUAUGUUUCCAUAAGAAAGGCCAUUGUCUCAAUGUCUCAGCCGGCUU